AUGCCGAACGUAAGGAGCCCGUGCCAGUGGAAGCGAAGGCUCCUCUCCUCGGUGGUCGAGAGCCAGCUGUUGUACGCGGCUCCGAUAUGGGCCACCCAAGUGUCCAAAAUUGCAAGGACCACGGCCAAUCUGAUUCGGCCCCAGAGGGAAGCCGCCCUGAGGGUAAUACGGGCCUACCGAUCCGUCUCCGAUGAGGCAUCCCUGCUGCUGGCGCGCAUGCCACCGGUGGAUCUAAUGGCACUAGAAAGGACGAGGAUCAGAGACUGGCUAGCCGCAGCCUUGGAGCCCGGAACAGUCCGCCCAUCGAAAGCGGCCAUCAAGCGCGAGGAGAGACAGGCGACCCUCACGCUCUGGCAGACAAGAUGGGAAAGCAGCAGGAAAGACGAAUGGACUCGCCGCGCGAUACCCAACGUCAAGAGGUGGAUGGAGAGAACUGUUGUGGGGGUGCCCUCGUCGUACCACAUGACCCAGGUGCUGACGAACCACGGCUGCUUUCAGUAUUAA